AUGGUUAUUUUGAAUCUUUCUAUUGAGGAACCGAGGAAUACUUCAAGUUCGACAAAUGACAAUCAUUUUGAAGCGUCAUCUCAAUCAAACGCUACUUUACUACGCGAUAUCGUUGCUGCAGCCUGGAAAUGGGUGGCUCGUGAUGAAACCUGUGGAAUUUGCAGGAUGCCGUUUGAAGCUUGUUGCGUUACUUGUAAAACGCCUGGUGAUGAAUGCCCUUUGGUGUUUGGAAUUUGUCAACAUGCUUUUCACAUGCAUUGUAUCGUGAAAUGGACUGAGACUCAAAAUACGCCUCGACCUCAGUGUCCACUUUGUCGUCAAGAAUGGAAAUUCGCUCCGGGAUAG